AUGAAUGAAACGCAGAAAGCUGAACUCGCCGAGUUCCCGAGAAUCCAGAAUGUGGCGUCCACCUUCUCGUUGAACUCAUUGGGCAGCAAGUGCGAGAAACAAUCAGUAAGUUCGCCAAUUUGCGGUGGAAAUGUGAAGGGCAACGACGACUUCGAGACGUGUCCGAUGAUUCUGGGUGAAAUGAACUGUUCGUACUGUCUGCUACCUUACUGCAAGGUACACCAAAUGACCAGACGGUUGGCACCUUUUUUGCUGAUUCGUUACAGGCCUUGUUUUUUUAAACGUUAAAU